AUGAGCGUGCUGCUGGAGACAUCCGUCGGCGACAUCGUCAUUGACCUGUACUUUGAGGAGACGCCGCGGACAUGCAUAAACUUUCUGAAACUGUGCAAGAUCAAGUACUACAAUUUCACGCUUUUCCACCGCGUUGAGCGCAACUUUCUGGCGCAAGCCGGCGACCCAACUGGCACUGGCGAAGGCGGCGAGUCGGUGUUUGGUGUGCUCGGCAAGCAGAAGUACUUUGCGGCCGAGGUGCGCCCUAAGCUGAAGCACGCAAGGCGCGGCACAGUGUCAAUGGCCGUGUCAGCAACUGAGAGCGGGGUCGGGGUUUCGGGCAGCCAGUUUUUCAUUACGCUGGCUGACGGCCUGGAUUACCUGGACGGCAAGUACGCGGUGCUCAACUCGGCAAUCUGCGGCGAUGACCACCGGCCACUGCGGGAUAUCCGGAUCCGCCACACAAUUGUCCUCCACGACCCGUUCCCGGACCCGCCCGGUCUAGCAGUCCCACCACAGUCGCCGCUGCCGAGCACCUCGCAGCUUGCCAGCGUGCGUCUGGGCGACGACGAGGAAAUGGAAGACUACCUGGCGGCGGACCCUGAGCAGCUGGCAAAGGAACGGCGCGAACGCGACGCCAAAGCACAGGCCCUGACACUGGAAAUGAUCGGCGAUCUGCCGUUUGCCGAGAUCAAGCCGCCGGAGAAUAUCCUGUUUGUGUGUAAGCUGAACCCAGCAACACAGGACGAGGACCUGGAGACGAUCUUUGCGCGGUUCGGCAAGAUCUCGUCGUGCGAAUCGCUAGGGUAUGCGUUUGUGGAGUUUGAGGAGAAGGAGGCGUGCGAGGAAGCGUAUUUCAAGAUGGAUAACGUGCUGAUCGACGACAGGAGGAUCCAUGUUGACUUCUCGCAGAGCGUCAGCAAGCUCCAUGGCUCGUGGGUCGACAGCAGAGUGAAGAGGAGCGGCGGGCUGGAGAUGCGCAAGCGGUAUCGGGACGACAGGGAGUACGAGCGCGGGAAGGAGUACGACAUGGUGUUUGACGAGAGACCAGAGCGUGGGGAGCAUCGCCACAGGCGCGAGCACCGAAGCCGUAGAGAUAAUAGCCGGGACCGUAGCGAUAAGGACCGGGACCCCGGAAUCAAGGUCUUCCUACAGACAUGA